GCCAGUUGGUCAGCUCCUCCCAGCGCCAAGUACCAAUCCGGACCCUUCAGCUCUGCCACAAGAAGGUGUAUGGUACAGCUUGCAUCCGCCGUGCAGCUUUGCCACAAACCCUGGGGGCGACUACCGAGCCUACCCUCACCUGGGUGGCAAAUCCGCCUUCAAAGCAGCCAUGACCCCGAGGGCAAAAAUCAUCGAGGAGGUUCUGUAUAAUCAGCCAGCGCCGAUUGACCCACAGUGCAGCUUCUGUGAGCGUCACAGGGGAUACGCUGAACACUUGGGUGCAGACAAACACUGGCGAGCUCUUUACCCAGAGUUCACAGGCGAAGGUGUGUGUAUAGAGAAGGUUCGCCCCAGAGCCUGGAACAAGUGGAGGAUUAUGGGCGGAUGGAUCCGCAUAAACGAGCUGGAUGGGGCCAUAGAGCUCUCAAAGGGGAACAACGAGCCGAGCUCCGGGGAGCCCCUAGCGGCAGCUCCGCAGAUGGCCUCGCAGACACAAGGAAUGCAAGCUCAAGGCCCUCAAGGCCCUCAGGGCCCCCAGGGCCCUCCAGGCGCUGCGUCGCAUCCUGCCUGGUCGAAUUACCAACCCAUGCAUGCCCCACCACCUGCGCCACAGAUGCCGCAGCAGGCCACGCAACCGGCGCACCCCCCCGGCCCGCAGCCUGGAGCCGAGAAUCCUUGGGCUGGUUUUGCCGGCGUAUCUCAUAUGCAGUCGCAGCCGAACAUGCCAACGCCGGCGACGCAUCCACAGAUGCCGCAGCCGAUGCAGCCGCAGAUGCCACCACAGAUGCCGAUGCAACAGCAGCAGCAGCAGCAGCAAAUGCAGCAGCCACAGAUGCCGCAGCCGCCAAUGCCGCCGCAGGCCCAAACACAGCAGGCUCCAAUGCCACAGCCAGGGCAGCAAUCUCAGCCAGGACCUGGAGAAAACGGCUACACCAACUAUCACCCGGCGGGUCAGUACGGACAGCCCGCGGCCACGCCCUACCGGCAAGGGUUCCAUGGCAAUCCAACGUCCGCCGUGCCGCCGCCGUGGCAAGACAUGCGAGACAUCCGAGGGCUGCGGAGAGAUGAGGACAGCAUGUCCAUGGCUGGAAAU